UAAGUUUCAUUGUGUUUGUUUCCCACUCGCUGUGAUGGAGUUGUUCGUCUUCAUUGUUUUUCAGCUCCUCAUUGAGGUUCAGUCUAACAAUGCUCCUACUGUACAUGUAUCUCCAGCUGUCUUUAGUGAAUCCAGAUCAGUGAAGAUCCGCUGCGAGACGCCAGCAGAUAUUACAGUAAAGCAUUGUAAUUUUACAAUUAAUAGAAAAAAGAUAAAAACAAAAGUCAGUUCUCCAUGUGAGCUCAACCUCACUGGUGUUGAAGUGCUCAGAUGGGCAGGUGGAAAAUCUCCUCAAUCAGUCAACAUUAGCUGCCGCUACACAAUAAAAGAGGGACGCAAGAAUAACUCUUCAUAUUCAGUUCCUGUCACAGUCACAGUUCUAGACACACUUCAGAAACCCAUCAUCAGUGUUCGUGAAUAUGAGGAUCAGCUCAGCGUAACCUGUGAAAUACCACUUUCUGUCAGAGCUGAUUUCAGCUGUAGUUUUUACUAUGAAGAUGAUGCUAUUCUGGUCAACCGUGACUCUCAGUGGAGUUCAUCUGGAGAGAAACAUCUUUGUAUGUUUUAUCCAAAUCUUAGUGGUCUCUUGAAACAAUCAGUGAAGAGCAGAAAGCUGAGCUGUGAUUAUUCACUCAAAACUGAACCUGACAUCAGAUCUCCACACAGUGACACACACAUCAUUGGAGCUCUUCCUCAGGCCAGACUGUCAGCGCCUGCUUUAGUUCUUCAGGAAACAGACACAGUUGAGCUGAACUGUGAGAAUACCGAAGAGCUGAAGAUGGAGAUGUGUGUCUUCAACAUUAAUGGAAGAGAUAGAAACUCAAAUCUGAACUCUUCAUGUCAGCUCUCACUCACUGCAUCUCAGAUCAGUGAUUGGUCAGAAGAUCAGAGUUCAUCAGUGAGAAUAACCUGCUUCUACACUGCAAAGAAGGGAAUAGAAAAUGUACCAUCUCCUCACUCUGAUCCAGUGACAGUCACAGUCCAGACAUCAACUUCAUUGUCCUUCUCUGAAACCACACAGCGAUACAAUACAGCUGCAGACCUCCAUUCAAAGACAAAGCAGCAGUCAACCAGCAGAACCAAACAAACAAUGUCUGUUCCUUAUGUUACUCACACUGAAGGUUGAUCAUUCCCUCACAACACUGAUAUUCUGAAUAUUUGUAAAGAUAAAAAAAAAACUGAAAUUGAUCAGUUUUUCAUAUUCAUGUUGUGGUAUUUUCAUUUUGUAAUACAAAAACCUCAUUAUUUUUCACUUAUGCCCUUUUCGUAACAUAAACUAAUGUGAAAGCAUUCUUCUGACAGGCCAAUUGCUUCAUUUCUGUCUGGGCUCAUAGGACUGAUGCGUCUUUGCUGUUUUACUAGUUCUGUUGAUGUUUCCAUAGACGUGAACUACACCUUGUGGAGAAAACAUCUUUUACUUCUGUGCUCUUCAAAACAUGUCACCUGCUUCAUUACACUUAAGGCACCAUUAUUGCUAUUAAAAGACAAAAAAAAGAUCCUAUGCAUGUACAGACUGAAUGAUAAUGUACAGUACAUUCAUAGUAGCCGAGUUCAUACCGUACACUAACCAACAUGCCAAGAGAGAAUCUGUGGAGAUUUUUCUACUUUUUGAUAUGUAGCUGAAAACAUCAUAUAUUGAUAUAGAUCAGUUAAGAUCUGAAGAUUAAGACACAAUUUCUUCAGUUUUUUUAAUUAAACAUUUUAAUAAAGAUUAUAGCCUAUUAUACAAUAGACCAUCCACACACUAUAACAUUUCUAUUUUAACUGCAGCAUGUUUCAGUACAAUUUUAGAAUAGUGUUAGUAUAAUUGUAUUUGUACUACUAUCACUUCAACAUAUCAUCUAAUCAGUGAGCAGCUGUCAGCCUAACUCUGUAUUCUUUUAUGCAU